UGUGCUCUUGUGCUUCUGUCUCUCUGACACACACGCUCACACACAUGUGCAAACAUGCGCACACAUGCGCAAACAUGUGCACACAUGUGAAGCAGGGAAGCAUGUCGUCUCCGAAGAAAGGCCCUUCACGCCUGGUGCUAUUGGGCACAGGCGCAUCAUCCAGCGUCCCAAACCUCGCCUGCCUCAUUCGAACGGAGGGGCCAGAGUGCACUGUAUGCCAGGAGGCAGCCAGGAAUCCCCUCUCGCGUAAUCUCAGAGGCAACCCCAGCAUGCUCAUCCAAUACCAACCUUCGCUCACCAGCAACCUUGACCUCGUGCGUGUGGGCAACGCAGACGACGAUGGCGUGAAGAACAUCCUGUUUGACGCCGGCAAGACAUUUGCGUCCGCAGUGGCCCGCUUCUUCCCCAAGUUGGGGGUGACGGGCAUUGAUGCGCUCGUCAUCAGCCACGACCACGCAGACGCCGUGCUCGGCAUCGAUGACCUGAGGAGCGUGCACUACCUGACGCCGUAUGAGGAUGAGAAGGCGGGGAGGACAAAGUACGAAGUGGCCAAACCCAUCGAGGCCUUUUGCUCUGACGAAACGUUCGAACGCAUGCAAGGUAGCGUGAACGUGUGCCUGCCUUCCACCUCAGCCGUGUUUCCAUAUUUAAUCCCAAAGAAGCAGAUUGAGGCCAUCAACGCAGGGGAACCAAAGCGGUUCGUGUCGCGCAUCAACUGGCACGUGGUUGCGAAUCUGAGCGACCGUGACAUUGACGUUGACCCGCCGUUCAGUGUCUUUGGUCUUGAGCUCCAGCCCGUCCGCAUGAUGCACGGUGGAUCGUACAUCUGUCUCGGCUUCCUCUUCGGCCCAAAGGAUGCUCGCAUUGCGUAUUUGAGCGAUGUGAAAGUGUUCCCAAAGCCAACAAUGGAUCUUCUCCUUGAAGCCAACAUCGAUCUCAUGAUCAUCGACUCGCUCUACAUCUCGGAGGAACACGACACGCACAUGUGUUUGACGGAGGUUGUUCAAGUUGUGCGGCGCGUGAAACCGAAACGGACCGUCCUCGUCGGCAUGACACACGACUUUGACUACAACACGUUUGACCAGGCGCUGUGCAGCGUUGUUGACGAUGGAGAAGACCUCAACAUCCACAUGGGAUACGAUGGCAUCUCCUUUGACGUCGAAUUGUAG